AUGGCAAGGCGUCUGGUGGUUCUGCUGCUCUUGCUUGCGGCGGCUUCAGCAGCUUCUGCCAAGAAGCUCAUCGCCUUUGGAGACUCCAUCACAGACAAUGGGAAUGGCACUAAUAAGUUUGUGCAGGCCUACUACAGCCAGCUGCUCAAUCAGCCCGUCACAGCGUUCUACCCUCCUGGCCCUUUCUUCGACCAUGGCCGCUGGUCCAACGGCCCUGUCUGGGUUGAAUACCUGACGGACAUGACAGGCUACGAGCUGAAUGACCAAGCGGUUGGGUCAUCGGUGACUAACCGCAGCAUCAGCUACCACGGAGUCGGGGACUUCUAUCCCAGCAGCCUGCUCAGCAACAAGAAGGGCGCCAGAAAUGUCACCCUUCCGCUCUUCUCAGACUCAAUUGCAGCGUAUGUAAAGAGCAACACGAUAACAGCAGAGGAUGUGGUAGUUGUGGAGAUAGGGGUGAAUGAUUUGCUGGGCUUCUUCGAGGCAAACCUCGUACAGACGCUGGAAUUUGUGGAGGAGGCCACUGUGACCGGGGGGUCCUACCCCACUUACAUCAUCGACAACAUCUCCAAGGCGAUCAGCGAUGGGCUGACGACAUUGUAUACGGCGGGAGCGCGCAAGUUCAUAGUCUGGCAGACGCCGGCGGGGGAGUCGGUGCCGUUAGUCAACACCAUCAACGAAUUACUAAACAUGGUCAACUUCAUCCUGAGGGGCCUGGGCGCCGUGGACGCUCAGACCAACGCUGUCAAGAUCUACACCAAGGGAUUUGUGGAUCUUGCAAACGCGGCCAUCAGCAAUCUGGCGGCCAUCUUUGCAGCAGCGCACACAGAUGCACAGGUGGUGGUGUUCCCUUUCGCGGACGUGCAGCGCCAGCUCAUCGCGAGCUAUGACAGCAUGGGAUUUGUCAAUGCGGGCUCUGGGUGCACGAGUGACCUGGCAAUUACUCAGUACUCGACUGGCAACCUCUAUUCGCUCGGCAACCCCACCUUCACCAGCGAGGGAGCAAAGGCAACGCUGACGCUGUCACCGCUGUUUGUCAACAAGCUGAACAAGCUUGGCAGCGAUUUGAAUGGCAGCAACGGGCGCCAGAACGUUCCCUCCUCCACCGCUGACUUCCUGCAGCGCCUCAAGGAUGUGCUGGCCACGUAUGUGGACGACAGCAACACGAUUGGGCACAUCACGGGGUACAUCCUGACGAGCCUACCCCUGGGCCGGGGUGGAUGGAGCCCCUACAGUGUGGUGCCCACAUGCAUCCUCCAGGCGGGCGACCACCUGUUUCAUGAUGAGGUGCACCCGACUACCAGGCAGCAUGCACUCCUCGCGCAGGCGGUCAUGAAAGUGGCCGGUCACCUUUUCACAUGA